AUGGUUCCGAAUCUUCCGUCACUGGAGACUAAGAGCUGUAGGAUACUUAAUCUACCCUGCUUCAUUCUAAGCACACAUUCGGCAAAUGAGGGCUUCUGUGGGCGCGAAGAUAUCUUAGAGCGUCUUGCGGCGGAGCGGUUGCCUUCAAAAAACAUAUGGGGUUCUGGUCUACGGCAAUUUGCCCUCUGUGGGCUCGGCGGAAUUGGAAAGACAGAAAUAGCUCGCGAGUACUCUCGACGCUACAAGGACUCCUAUGAUACAGUAUUCUGGGUAGUGGCAGAUGAGAUUGCGAAGCUUGACCAUUACUACCAGCAAUUUUCGCUAGCACUAGCACUCGAAGAUCAAUCCGAGUGUAAGAGCCAGGUUGUCAGCAGGGAACUUGUGAAAAUAUGGCUCUCCAACCCUCAAACGCAUCUAUCGGGGACGGAUGAGCUUGUCAAUCCUGGCCAAACCGGUUCAGAAGCAACCUGGCUGCUUAUUCUGGACAACGCGGAUGACCCGAUGAUUCUGGCAAACUACUGGCCUCAAGGAAGUGGAUCUGUUCUUGUCACUAGCCACGACCUGUUGGCUAAAAGCAUGUUUACGAGUAGACCUUCAGGUCUGGAUCUGGGUCCGCUUUCACAGGAAGACAGCCUGUCCCUCUUCAAGUACCUCACUGUGAAUGAGCCAGGAAACGAUACAGGAUGA